CAAAAGCAAGAAGAUAAUAUUGUAAAAUGUCUACUCAAUCUCAUAUUUCUUUAAUCGAUUUAUCAAAGCAAUUUAAAUUUGUUAUUGACGAAGAAACAAAAAAGAAAAUAUGUUUUGAUGAAACAUUGGUAGUAAGUUGUGCUCAUUAUGACGGCAGUUGUAAAUAUGAGUCUUCAGAUUCAGAAAUUUCUUGCACUGAUUCCUUAAAGACGAAGGUCUCGGAGAAAAGAAAAGAGCCUGAAGCAAAUGACAUAAAAACUAAUAUUGAAAAAGAAUAUGAACACAGUAAAGACGAAGUAGAGGAUGAUGAAAAUGAUUUUCACUACUUUUUUUUCCCAGAUUGUAAAACUACAUCUCCACCGAAAGAUAGCAAGGCAAGUUUGAUAUUAGUGGAUGGGUUUCCUAAAAUAAAUGCAGCUGCACAAAAUCAACCAUUGUGUACUUGUGCAGUAGAUAACAAUGGAAAAUGUCCCUGUCAUUUAAAAGUUCCAUGUCUAUGUGGAGCUACAAAACGUGACGAUUGUACCUGCAUUCAAGUUAAAAAUAUAUGCAUAUGUGAAGAAGGCAAUCCGCAAUUGGUAUGUAAAUGCAAACCUAGCAAAGUAUGCUUGUGUGACCCCGAUUAUAAGCCACAACCACUUUGUGUUUGUGCACAAAUUGAUAAACCAUGUAUAUGCCAAACAAAUAAAUUUCCUUAUCCUACUUGCGUUUGCAAAAGUAAGCCGGAUCCUCUUGAUAAUAUUAGCGACAAUAAAGAUCUAAAUUAUACAAGCGAGGAAAACGUCUUACAAACAGAAAAUUCUACAAUAAAGAAAAAAGAAGAACUUUGUACUUGUCAACAACCAAAACCAAAGCCUAUAUGUUUAUGUAAAAAGGGAAAGGAGUGUACAUGUGAACCAAACUUGUGCAUUUGCGAUGUCCUGCCUACAUGUGUGUGUGAAGUCAAUGGAAAAUUUAUUUGUGAGAAUAACGAAUCUAAGUUAGUCUGCAAAUGCGAAGUCGAAGCAGAAUGCACAUGUUACGCCAACUCACCUGAUAAUUGCAAAUGUUUUCCUAAGCCAAAUAUAUGUACAUGUGGUAAUCCAGAAAAUUGUGCUUGUUUUUCGACCUGUGAAUGCACUGAUCCUUGUAUUUGCGAUACUAUUCCGGAAGUAAAAAAAGAAUGCACUUGUGAUGAAAAUCGUAAAGAUAUUGCUGAUGGUUAUUUUUGUACAUGUCCCCCUGAAAAAGAAGAGGGCAGUAAAUUAAAAAAGGUGAGGGCUGGUAAACAUGAUCAUAGAUGGUGUCAUGAUGUUGACCCUAAGCAUACAUUUUUUGGCUAUGCAUAUGGAAGGCAUAAUAAGAUAUCAUAUAAAGAACAGGCCAAAGAAAAGUUAAAAAUUUUAGGUCUUUAUGAUAAAACGAAACAAGAUGAUGUUUGUGAAAUUCAUAAAACGACGGCACCUGUUUUUAAAAAGAAAGUGCAAAAGCCUUCAAUUGAUUGCUGCAGUGCUGUUGGAGGUAUUAGUUUUAGCGUUGAAACGCUAGGAGAGGAUAAAGAUAAAUUUCUUGUUCAAGUUGUAUCUCAUGCAUCUAAGGAAGAAGCUAAAAUUGGCUCUAAGCUUGUUAGCAUUUUGGACUGCAAUCUUCACAUUUUAGAAGAAAAUAGAACCGAACAUAUAACAAAGAAGAAUCUAACAAAGGAGCACAGAAGUUAUAUGACUAUCUGUGAAAGCGGCUAUUACAAUAAAGUGACACGAAUUUGUGGAGAGAAGCAUUUUGUGAAACGACUUUACCACUCCUUUGAAGCGGCACGCAAUUUUUUACUCGAAGGUGCUAAUGUGGUGCUGCUGAGAUACUUUGGAAUAAGCAGAUUCUGCGGUCACGUUAAAACCGAUACCGUUCUGAUAAAUGGCACUAUCUGUGAAAGCGUUUACGUUUGCUUGGGCGUUAGUCAAGCUAUUGUGAAUGGCAAACCAUUAUUCGUCGUAAAAGUAGAACGUCACAUCAUUGAACCGUCAGGAUUUAUUCAUCAAACAUUGACAGUUCUCACGCUUAGAGGUUAUAUAGUGAGUCAUGAGUGGGCGGACAGUAGCUACAUAUUACACAUUAACCCUCUCCUGCAAAUCGUCCCUGAAAGAGAUGAGAUAGAGUCCCACGAGCCACUGCGUGAGAAAUGGCGGAGUGAUUUACAGCUGCUAUCAGAUUACCUCGAUUUUAAGAGCACACGUACAUCUGAAGGAGGACGUUACGUGACGGAGAACGGCGAGCUCACCGGUAUAAUUCGCGACUACCUUCAAACCUUGCUUCUUCUCCGUCCUCACGAUGCCUUGCAUUUCACUAGACAUUAUUUUGGAUCAGCUCUGUCCGCAUUGGAUCUUCCCCACGACGAAUACUUCGACCCUUGCACUAAACAUGUUCGGUAUUACUUCUUUGAAGAAUAGCACUCAAUCCUGAAUAGAAACAUUAUUAUUGAACAAAUACAUUGUAUUUUAACGCGCAUAUACAUGAUUUUCAGAAAUAUUAAAAUUAUUUUUUUUGUCAUAAAAUUAAAUGUAUUAUGAUGGUGUUUAAAAUUUAUUAUAUUUUACUAAAAUGACGUCAUAUUUAAUUUUGUCUAUGUACCUUGUUACCUAUUAUAUAGAUUUUUAUAACUUAUCUCCGUAAUUUGUAUCGGAUAAAGUUAAUAGCGAGAGAAUUGUUUUA